AUGGCCUGCUGUGCUACAAGCUUCUGUGGCUUUCCCACUUGCUCCACUGGUGGCACCUGUGGCUCCAGCUGCUGCCAGCCCACCUGCUCCCAGUCCAGCUGCUGCCAGCCCAGCUGCUCCCAAUCUAGCUGCUGCCAGCCCACCUGCACCCAGUCCACCUGCUGUCAGCCCAGCUGCACCCAGUCCAGCUGUUGUCAGCCCAGCUGCUGCCAGCCAAGCUGCUGCCAGACCAGCUGCUGUGGCACUGGUAGUGGCCAGGAAGGUGGCAGUGGAUCCCUGAGCUGCCGAGUUAGGUGGUGCCGCCCUGACUGCCGCGUGGAGAGCACCUGCCUGCCCCCCUGCUGUGUGGUGAGCUGCACACCCCCAACCUGCUGCCAGCUGCACCAUGCCCAGGCCUCCUGCUGUCGCCCAUCCUAUUGUGGACAGUCCUGCUGUCGCCCAGCCUGCUGCUGCCACUGUUGUGAGCCCAGCUGCUCUGAGCCCAGCUGUUAA